UUUGACAGGAGAUACAUUGUCUAUGAGGCCUGCUUAAGUUAUAUGUUCUUUGUUUUAUUCUUUGGAAGUAUGCAGUCGUGGACACUUGUCACAAUGGCAUAUGACAGAUUUAUAGCAAUUUGUUUCCCUUUAAGAUACCAUAGUAUUGUGACUAAACCGGCUAUUGCUGCAAUGCUGCUGUUUGCGUGGGUGUGUUUAUCGAGCCUAAUAGGAUUUACUGUUGCGCUUAUUAAUCGUCUCUCCUUCUGUAGAUCUUUGGUCGUGAAGAGCUUUUUCUGUGAUCAUGGACCAGUGUAUCAUCUGGCCUGUAAUGACACUUCUUUGAAUUCCAUACUAUCACUCAUCGCUAUCACUAUCAUCAUCUUCAUUCCACUUGUUUUGAUAGCAUUGACAUAUGUUUGCAUCUCCAUAGCACUGAUCAGGAUUGCAUCAGGAGAGGAACGACUCAAAGCAUUUAAAACUUGUACUUCUCACCUGAUUCUUGUGGCUAUUUUCUAUCUACCACUAGUGGGCACCAACUUAGCUUCACUGACCUCCUCUAUCCAUCCCAAUGCCAGGAUCAUAAACUCCUCUCUGACACACACCAUACCAGCUUUCCUCAAUCCUAUAAUAUAUUCAUUAAAGACGGAAGAAGUGCUGAACAUCAUUAAGAGGUUUUGCAAAAGAUACAGGAUGAGAAACUUAACCUCAUCCAAAAAG